AUGAAAUCCUCAUUACUACCCGUAGCCCUACAGCACAAGCUGGCGGGCUACAGCCGCGUAUCCAGCGCCCAGCUAUCCGCCCUCAACUUCGACCUUCUCCGCAACAUAGUCUUCAUCCUGUUCGUCCUGCGAUACGUUCGCAAAACCUUUUACUCGGUCCGUGGCUACGGCAUCUUCGGUAGCAUCCGCAACCUCUAUAUCUCCCUGCGUCUAUUCUGCUAUGGUCUAUUCCUGCGCACGCCCGGUGUCCGCGGACAAGUCGAUAGACAAGUGAGCACGGCCAUUACGAAUCUGGAAUCGAAGCUCGUAAAGUCUGGUCCGGAUGUCGUGCGCUAUCUGUCUUUGCCGAAGGAUGGAUGGUCCGGCGACGCGGUGCGCGCGGAAUUGACCAAGUUGGCUGGACUUGAGCACACACGUUGGGAGGACGGACGCGUUAGCGGCGCUGUCUACCAUGGUGGCGAUGAAUUGCUGAAGCUGCAGGCUGAGGCUUUUGGUCAGUUCGGCGUGGCGAAUCCCAUCCAUCCAGAUGUUUUCCCUGGUGUGCGAAAGAUGGAGGCGGAGGUUGUUGCUAUGGUUCUUGCUUUGUUCAAUGCGCCAUCUGAUGGCGCCGGUGUUACUACUAGCGGUGGUACCGAGUCAAUCUUGAUGGCCUGCUUGGCUGCGCGGCAGAAGGCUUUCUUGGAGCGCGGUGUCACCGAGCCUGAGAUGAUCAUUCCUGACACUGCUCAUGCGGCGUUCAUCAAGGCUUGCAAUUACUUUAAGAUUAAGUUGCACCGCGUGCCUUGCCCCGAGCCUGAAUUUAAGGUUGACGUGCACGCUGUUCGCCGCUUGAUCAACCCUAACACUGUCCUACUCGUUGGUUCUGCCCCUAACUUCCCACACGGCAUCGUGGAUGAUAUCCCUGCUCUCUCCCAUCUGGCCACUAAGUACAAAAUCCCUCUCCACGUCGACUGCUGCUUGGGCUCUUUCGUCGUCGCACUCCUCAAGAAGGCUGGCUUCCCUUCGCCCUACGAAGAGGAAGGUGGCUUCGAUUUCCGCCAACCUGGUGUGACCAGUAUCAGUGUCGAUACCCACAAGUAUGGCUUCGCACCCAAGGGUAACUCCGUCUUGAUCUACCGUAACAAGUCUUACCGCAACAACCAAUACUUUAUUUACCCCGACUGGUCCGGCGGUGUCUACGCCUCCCCAUCUGUCGCUGGUUCCCGCCCCGGUGCCCUGAUCGCCGGAUGCUGGGCCAGUUUGAUGAGCGUCGGUGAAACCGGCUACAUUAAUAGCUGCACUGAGAUCAUCAACGCAGCACGCAAGUUUGAAACAGCUGUUCGCAAUGAAGCCACCAUCUCCCUGCACAUGGAAGUCAUUGGAAAUCCAAUUGUCAGCGUUGUCGCUUUCCGCAGCAAGAACGGUGCCAUCGACAUCUAUGACAUCGCCGAUGACCUGUCCGCUAAGGGAUGGCACCUCAAUGCUUUGCAGUCCCCUGCUGCCAUCCACUGUGCUUUCACUAUCCCCACCGCCAAGGCCGUCGACCAGCUCAUCACUGAUUUAAGCGAGGUCAUUGGGAAAGAACUUGAGAAGGCCGAGCAACGCAAGCGCGAGGGCAAGGCUUACAUUCUCAAACGUGGUGACACCUCCGCGCUGUAUGGUGUCGCUGGCAGUAUCCCCGACAAGAGCAUUGUCAGCCGUCUUGCCGAGGGCUUCUUGGACACUUUGUACAAAGCAUAA